GACAAUUUCUGUAUUAUUCGAACCGCGUUACUUUUCCAUAUACCGUUAACUUUAUUCUCUUCUCUCUCUUUCUCUUCUCUUUCCUGCGCGUAUCAUCUCAAUUCCACUCUCUUCUUUAUAAAUUUGAAUUCAUUCCAAUAUAUUCUUCUUCUUCUUCUUCACUUCCACUACUCAUAUAACCUCUUUCUCAUAGCAAAAACAAACUCUCUUCUCUUAAUUAUUUCACUCAUAUUUAUUUGUUUUCUCAACUCAUCAUCGUCACAAACAUCAUCAAACUCUUUGUUGUUGUUUCUUGUUGUCCUUAGUAAAUGGAACGUGGUGUUGUUGAUGGUAUUAUCAAUAGGUUGCUUGAAGUAAGAGCAAGACCAGGGAAACAGGUGCAGCUUUCUGAGGCUGAAAUCAAACAGCUUUGUCUUGUUUCUAAGGAUAUUUUCUUGAAUCAGCCGAAUCUGUUGAAAUUAGAGGCACCUAUUAAGAUCUGUGGGGAUGUCCAUGGUCAAUAUCCUGACCUUCUGCGGAUUUUCGAGUACGGUGGAUUGCCUCCUCGUUCCAAUUAUUUAUUUCUAGGAGACUAUGUUGAUCGCGGAAAGCAAAGUCUAGAAACAAUAUGUCUUCUUCUGGCAUAUAAAAUAAAAUACCCUCGAAACUUCUUCCUUCUAAGGGGUAACCACGAAUGCGCUUCCAUAAACCGUGUCUACGGAUUUUACGACGAGUGCAAAAGGAGAUACAAUGUGAAGCUAUGGAAAACAUUUACAGAUUGUUUCAACUGUUUGCCCGUGGCAGCUCUUAUUGACGAAAAGAUUAUCUGUAUGCACGGUGGACUCUCUCCUGAACUAAACAAUUUGAAUCAGAUAAAGAAUUUGCAACGUCCGUGUGAAGUUCCUGAAUCCGGUCUAUUAUGUGAUCUCCUAUGGUCUGAUCCUAGUAGCGAUGUUCAAGGCUGGGGAGAAAGUGAACGCGGAGUUUCUUAUACGUUUGGCGCUGAUAGGGUUAAAGAGUUUCUUCAAAAGCAUGAUCUUGAUUUGAUUUGCAGGGCUCAUCAGGUUGUGGAAGAUGGAUAUGAGUUCUUUGCUAAUAGACAACUUGUAACAAUCUUUUCAGCGCCGAAUUACUGCGGAGAGUUUGAUAAUGCUGGUGCUAUGAUGUCUGUUAAUGAAACACUUAUGUGUUCUUUUCAAAUACUAAAGCCACAUGAUAAAAAGCCGAAGUUUACCUUUGGAAGCACAACUACUGUUAAGCCUGGUACUCCAACAAAUUUCAAGGUAUUCAAACACUUUUUGGCGCUAAAUCAUGAACUCGUGGAUAUGUUUUUGAUGGUUAACAUUUGGCAUCUGACCAACGUUGGUCCGGAAAAUCGAAGUUCAGUUCGAGAUGAGGGAAGAAUAUAAUGCAUCUACCAAUAUAACACAAAGCCUUGCUUUAUGCUUCAGGGACAGGUAAAUGUUUCUCUGUUUUCAUGACAGAGUUGAACCUUGUACAAUAUUGUCAAACACAAAUAAAGGAUCAAAGUGUCACUUUUUUUCUCUUUUAGUCAUUAUCAAAUCAAGCUCUAUGCUGAUCUUCCUUAGUAUUAUUAUAAAGAAUUUUAAUGUUAUAUAUAUUGUAGUGUACCAUGAAAUCCUGCUUCUUGAUUCAAUAAUACAUUAUCACUUUUUAGA